AAGGAGGGAGGCUUUAGGUCAAACAAUCCAGCCAGCCUCGCAGCAGCUAUUUAGCAGCUGGAUUUUAAAUGGUGGUCAUUCAGCUGUUUUGUGAGUUAAAAACAAAUAGAUCAUGCUGUCUGUCAUCAGUGAUAGCAGGAGGGACAUUUUUCAUACUGAAGGAAAAGCAAAGGGUGGGGUGAAAGGAAGAGGGGGUGAGAGGAAGAGGAGGAUAUUUGCAGCCUAUGUCCCUGGCCCUGUCUCUCCAGGCCGAGGCUCCCUCAGCUCAUGGCCUCCAGCUCCUGCCCCCUCUGUGUCCCAUCAGCACUUCUCCCUGGGUGGCAGCAGCAGCUGGAAGGGCCAUACUUGCCCUCAUCUGACAUCCCCCACAGAGAGAUGCCUGCUGUAGGCCUUCCUCCCCACCGCCUCAGGCCUGGAUGCGGCCUACCAGCUCCCGCCUGGCAGAGCUCCCUCUGCCCUCAGCGGGCAUCACCCGUGGCUUGGAAAUGGAUGAUCUUUGAGGCCCCUUCCAACCUAAAAACCAUUCUGUGAUAUUAUGAUCUGUGCGCAGCUGCAGGACCCAGACACAUCUCCCAUCAAGCAGGCAAGGCCCCAGGGUCUUUGGAUCCCAUCUGGGUCCCAUCUGGAAAAGCUUCAGCAUUUUAAUUCUGGCUGCAGCCUGGACAAAGCCCUCCUUCAUCUGGAGGCCAAGGGGCUCAAGGCCCUGAGGAGAACCAGACAGGCACUGUUAGAAUCCCUCUGCUUCAUGGAUAUCUUCUUGUCUCCUCUCCCUCAUGCUUUUUUGUGGGGAUAUUAGUAGGGAGGAAAUCACAGACUCUUCUUGGAGACUUGAAGCUACCAUCAGGCCAAAAAUCAUCCUUGAGGGUGUUGUGAGGGAGCAGAGAAGGGGAUUUCCAAGGACAACUGGAAGCAAAGUCAGCGAGCAUCCGUGGUCUGCGCUGGGCCAUGGCAGGAAGGGCCCCGUGUUAGAUAGAGGGCACUCAGAGCUGGGAGAAGGACAGGAGAACAGCCAGCAUCCUUCUCUUCUGUGUAGAAAAUCCCUCGGAGAAAGGAGAUGAAACAUUAGGAUGGCGAGGGGGCACUCCAUCAAAGGAGGGCUAACAAUCUAAAAUGGGAAAAGUUAAUGCAUGUUAAUUAGAGCGUAGUACACCCGUGGGCACUCUCAUUCAGAAGUCGUCUUCAGUUCACUGUGGCUAAAACAUCCUCGGAGGGAAAUUUUAAACAGAUCCAAGUGGGCUGUGAAGGGGAUGCUUCCCUCCUGGCUUUGCCUUUCCCUGGGUGGAGCACAGCCCUGGAACCUGCAGGUCCGACCUGCUCGCCUCGUCCCGCUGUGCACCCAGGGGUGGGAGGAAGAAGGGUUUUGGAGCCCGGAGGGCAAACCAACGUCUGUGUGUGCUCUGAGCUGCUGCUGGGGAGCAGGAAGGAGGCUCCAGGACUCACAGUGAGACCUCUGGGGCCACCGUAUGGCACAAACAGUGGGAUUUUUUUCUAGAAAAAGGAGGAUAUGUUGCACAUCCAGAGCUAAUUCAGUGGAGGUCUUGAGAAAGCGCAAGUUACACCGUGUGCUGCAUUUGGGGACCCCGAAGGGACCCCCCCCAAAGGUGGACCUCCCUGGGGACUGCCGGUGCAGGGCUGAGGACCUCAAAGCCGUGCUUCUGACUCAGCCGGGUUUACAUCACGACCUGGACGGGUUGUGAAAGACUCGCACCUCCCACACAGGGAGAGGAUAGUGGUUAAAGCUCGAGCUGGAUGGAUGGGUAUGGGGAGAGGGGCAGGAUCCACAGCCCUGGGACUUUUCCAAAUCCUCCCUGUCUUUCUCUGCAUCUUCCCUCCAGUGACGUCUCCAUGCAAGAUCCUCAAGUGCAACUCUGAGUUCUGGGCGGCCACGUCGGGAUCGCACCACCUGGGCGCAGAGGAAACCCCGGAAUUCUGCACGGCGCUGCGAGCCUACGCGCACUGCACCCGCCGCACCGCCCGCACCUGCAGGGGGGACCUGGCCUACCACUCGGCCGUGCAUGGCAUAGACGAUCUCAUGGUGCAGCACAACUGCUCCAAGGAUGGCCCCACGUCCCAGCCCCGCCUCCGGACAUUGCCCCCCGGGGACAGCCAGGAGCGCUCGGACAGCCCCGAAAUCUGCCACUACGAGAAGAGCUUUCACAAACACUCGGCAGCUCCCAACUAUACCCACUGCGGGCUCUUCGGGGACCCCCACCUCAGGACUUUCACAGACACCUUCCAGACCUGCAAGGUGCAAGGGGCUUGGCCGCUCAUAGACAAUAACUACCUGAACGUCCAGGUCACCAACACGCCGGUGCUGCCUGGCUCCUCAGCCACCGCCACCAGCAAGCUCACCAUCAUCUUCAAGAGCUUCCAGGAAUGCGUGGACCAGAAAGUGUACCAGGCAGAGAUGGACGAGCUCCCCGCUGCCUUUGCUGAUGGCUCCAAGAACGGUGGUGACAAGCACGGAGCCAACAGCCUGAAGAUCACCGAGAAGGUGUCGGGCCAGCACAUCGAGAUCCAGGCCAAGUACAUUGGCACCACCAUCGUGGUGAGGCAGGUGGGCCGCUACCUCACCUUCGCCGUGCGUAUGCCGGAAGAGGUGGUCAACGCCGUGGAGGACCGGGACAGUCAGGGCCUCUACCUGUGCCUCCGGGGCUGUCCGCUCAACCAACAGAUUGACUUCCAGACCUUCCGCUUGGCUCAGGCCGCCGAGGGCCGUGCUCGCAGGAAGGGGCCCAGCUUGCCGGCCCCCCCUGAGGCCUUCACUUACGAAUCGGCCACGGCCAAGUGCAGGGAAAAGCUGCCCGUAGAGGACCUCUACUUCCAGUCCUGCGUCUUUGACCUCCUGACUACAGGGGAUGUCAACUUCAUGCUGGCUGCUUAUUAUGCCUUUGAGGACGUGAAGAUGCUUCACUCCAACAAAGACAAACUGCACCUCUAUGAAAGGACACGGGCUCUAGCCCCGGGCAACGCGGCUCCCUCAGGGCAUCCCUGGGCCCUCCCUGCCCUCUGGGUAGCACUGCUGAGUUUGAGUCAGUGUUGGUUGGGUUUGUUAUAGAGUUUUGCUCCUUCACACUGUGGGGAAAGGGGAGCAGGAGGGGACAAGGGACAAGAUGACAGCGCUGGACAAGGAGAGACUGGAUAAAGAAUCCAGUGGGGAGCGUGUGGAUCAUCCUCAGAUCUCAGCCCCUCUUUCCAGCACCCAGACCUUCCUCUCCCCAGCUCUUGCCCAGGAGGAACAUGAUAUGCUCCCGGGACAGUUGGGAGAUUUUGCUGGACUGCACCUCAAGUGGUCCUUCCUCACCUCUCCUCACCCUCCUCCUCCUCCUCUCCGUAAUGUGGGUGCUGGGGAGCCCCCAUCUCCUUGCACGGCUGCUCCAUGGUCCCCAAAAUGCUCGUGGCGACUGUGAUGUUGGCGUGUGUGAACGUGGCUUUGUGUUAGGGAGCCACAAGUGUGUUGUGGCUGGGCUCCACUUCUUGGGGUGUGCUUCUUUCUGCAGACCCAUCACUGCAGGAAGUGAUGCAAAACAGCAGGCAGGGGCCAAAACGGUGAGGCUGACCACAGAGAGGAACAAGGCACUGUGGUGGAAGGAGGCUGUGAUCCUCAAGCUUUGUCUUGUAUUUUCUGUGGUUUGAAGGGCAUCUACUACUUUAGCCACUUCGCUUGGCUGAUUCACUCCACAGUUUUAUUCCUGGCUCUCUUGUCUCUGCCCGGACCCACUGAGGACUCUUGAUUGCGACAGGAGAAACCUGGCCAGUAUUCAGGCAUUUUCUUUAACUUCUGCCCAGUGUCAGAUGAGCUCCUUGUGCCGUUUGCUCCCCCAGAACUGGCAGCAGGGAGGCUGCUCAGUGGGAGACCCCAUCUGCACACUCUCGAGCCCCGCACCCUCUUACCUGCCCGUGCAUCAGCCGGGUCCUGAAGCAGGAGCAUCCCUCUCAGUUUGCUGCUAGGUCUCUGCUCCACUCCUUCUCCCAGGGUCAUGACUUGCAACCCCAUUGCAGACCCGUUGCACCUUAAGUCCAUCUGGGCUUGUCUCUGGAAUGGGGCAAUGUUAGAAAUUCAGCCAGGAGACAGGAUGCAGCAGAGGGCCCCCUCCCCACCUGCCCCCAGAUACCUGUUCCCUCCCUCAAGACUAUUGGUAAUCUCCUUCCCCCACCAUGUAGUGCUUCCCUUCUCCCCAUAUUCCUCUGUGGUUCACCUCAUUGCUCACUGAACAAACAGCAAGACCAACUUUGGUCUGCACCUCGGAGACCUCUUUGGGGAUAUUCCCUCCUUUCCUCAGGGGGAAUUUCUCAUAAAUCAGCCCCAAAACACUCAUGGGGGAACGUCCUGCUCAAGGGAGGUCUCUGGGCAGGACGAGACAAGCUAGCACCAAAAGAGGUGGGAAUAGGCGACCGUUGGCAGUCUGAACUGGUGCCAAGAGGUGGCCUGGUGUAAAUACUCAGCGUGACUUUUCAUUGUGUCCUAACAGCUCUAGAGCUCCAUUUGUAAAGCAGCAGAGAAAUGCAAAAUUGUGUCAAUGGAUGUAAUUUAUAUUGUCUUCUUAAUAUAUAGAGCCCUGGCAUUGAUCUCGUGUGACUGUACAGAUGAAGAGAUGUAAUUGGUUUUUAAAUGUCUAAGGAAAGAAACAAAAUGGGAAAAAAAAAAAAAGAUGUGUUUACUACUUUGCUCCUUGCUUUGUUUGCUGGUGCCCCAGGUAUUCUGUUCAGGCAGGUUUUAAAAUAAGGAUAUCACAGUUGGACGGCACUGAGGAGACCAGCUGCUGGGCUGUGGCACAGGACAGCGCGGCUCCCCCGGCUGCUGAUGGCUCAGCAAGGCUGACUGGGAUGUUUUCUUUGCUGUACUGAAGAAAGAGCCACCCAUAUGACCUCCCCUAAUUACCCAUAAGGGUUAAUUUCCAGCCAAGGAAGGCCUGUUUAAUUAUCGCACGGCCAGUCCCGCUGUGGAGGUGAGCAGCCCAGCUGGUGGUCAGCUGUUACAAGGUGGUUGGGGUAUCCCUAUUUUAGAAGCAAACAGUGAAGCACUUUAUUUUGGUUGUGUUUGACCCAGUUCUGGUUUGAGGUGAAGUGUGGCCAAGAAAGACCCGAUACUCGGAAACAAACGCGUAGGUAAGGGAGGGGUGGUACGAGAAGGCCCCCGCCUCCCCACGCUCAGACCCACGGGAGCGUCACCGCGUGUACAUACUGUAAAUUAUUUAUUGAGAGAAACACAAGUAAAGUUUGAGGUUUUUUUGACAAUAAAUGAGUGGGUCUGGUUU